CUAAUUUUAAAUGACACGUUUGCUAGAAAAUAAAUUUAAUUCGCUUCAUACUCACUCACACUCAUGAUUUUUACACGAAAACCCUAUUAAAUCACAACAGCAAGGAGCGACUAGAAGACCUUCACAUGCUAAGUUCAAGAAGUGGCUCUCCCGCAGAUGAUACCUCUAUAGCUGCACAGGCGGAAAAAAGAGUCGAUGAUAACACCAAAGCGCCACCUAUUGGCUGGAGUGUGGGGCAUAAAGAUGUCCAGACUCACAGGCAGAUUACAAAGUGCCAUUUGAUCGAAAAAUACAACAAGCUUCCAAAUAGUAAAUAUGAACAACCAAGCCGCCUGAAGCGAACCCGAUCCGAAGAGUUUGCUUUCAAGCAAGAAGAUGAAAUCGUGGAGCACAGAUCAUCGAGUCUUUCUCAGCUAUCGGACGUUACAAUCAAGCCCACCUGCGAGGUGAGUAGUCAGACUUCGUGGACUGCAGCGGAUCAGAGUAAGAUGGAUAGCAAGGAUUUGGAGGCAAAGUUAGCGGCUGCGUUAGAUACCGAAACGGAGAAGCCCAGCAAGAUCCUGCAGCACACGAUCCACAUCGAGGUGGAAUCGGUGACAUCGCUCACGGCAUUGCAGAGACCUCCACUGCACCAAAGGAUGUGGCAGGUCCUUGUGCAGACGGGUGAUACGAUUGUCGCAUGUGCGGCCAUGAUCGGCGAGAAUUUGACUGUUGCGCUUUUCAUUGUCCUGUGCCUGUGGUGCCUUUACCUGUUAUUGAGCCACUUUUACGGCAACUUGCAGACCAAUGUCAACCAGCAGAACGAGUUGAAGCGCACCCUUUUGCGUGGCCCAAUCCUGCCCAAAUAAUUGUAAUAAGAAUGAUUCGUUUCGCACUUGGUUGAAUAAGUUAAAAUUUAGUACAAAUGUAGCUGAAUGCCAAAUAAUUGUAAUAAGAAUCAUACGUUUUUCACUGGACUGAAUAAGAAAAAAUUGAGUACAAAUGUAGCUGAAGA